AUGGCUUCAGUCGUCAAGGGCAGGGCUUCGCGCCGCUCUGCUCCCCGUCGGAGUUACGUCAUUGAGGAUACAUCUGAAUCGGAGGACCCCGGAAAUGUGACACCAACACCCGAUGCGCGCGAUGACGAUGAUGAAAUGGAGGAGGAUUACACCCCAGUCCCUAAGAAAGUAAAGAGGGGAUCGAGCAAAAGAAUGACACUAGACCCUGUGACACCUUCUACUGUGCGCGCUGCCAGCAAGACCCAAGAAGCGACAACAGAUGAUUCCGAUGCGAUGGACACCGAUGCAAUGGAUACGGACGCGAUGGACACUGAUGCGAUGGACAUCGACGAAGAGAAUGACGAGAAUGACGAGGGCGCUAGUAUGGCGUCGAUGGAAGGCGACCCCGAAUCUCCUUCUAGUAAAGCGGCGUUGAAAAGAAAAAGUAUGGCUCAUCCCCGCAAGAGUCACGGCUCAAUCACACCCAAGCCGGCACAGGGCUCACUCCCAACUCCAGAGCCAUCCCAAUCGCCAGAGCCUCAAGAAAGAGUGCAACGAGCAAGCGUGCCACCUUUGUCCGACAUCACCGAAUCCACCGUGAAUCAGUCGCCAUCGAAACAAUUGGAAGAGCCCAAAUCUCAGAUUUCCAUUAUAAACCCGAACUCGACAGUCUUGGAGAGGCCGAUGGACAUUGUGGCCAAGUCCAGAACGCAGGCCCCUCAAGCGCCAGAGGAGCCUGCUGCGCCUAAGCCCCGAAUGAUCAUUGAGAACCUUAUUCUGACAAACUUCAAGAGUUACGCCGGCCAGCAGAUUGUUGGUCCAUUCCACGCCUCCUUUUCGUCUGUGGUUGGACCGAACGGCUCCGGAAAGUCUAACGUGAUUGACUCGCUCCUAUUCGUGUUUGGCUUCCGCGCCAGCAAGAUGCGACAGGGCAAAAUCUCCGCGCUGAUCCAUAACUCUGCUCAGUACCCCAACCUUGCCUUUUGUGAAGUGGAGGUUCAUUUCUCACAAGUCCUCGAUUUGCCCGAUGGUGGCCAGGAAGUGGUCCCAGAUUCCCAACUAAUUGUUUCGCGACGAGCGUUCAAGAAUAACACCAGCAAAUACUACAUGAACAAAAAGGAGACCAAUUUUACCGCUGUGACUACCUUCCUCCGUGAUCGUGGAAUUGAUCUUGAUCACAAGCGAUUCCUGAUUUUACAGGGUGAGGUUGAGUCGAUCGCUCAGAUGAAGCCAAAAGCCUCCAACGAACAUGACGAAGGCCUCUUGGAAUAUUUAGAAGAUAUUAUCGGAACCUCCAAGUACAAGACACCUAUCGAUGAAGCGGCAACCGAACUCGAAGGUCUCAACGAUGUAUGCGUGGAAAAGAACAACCGUGUCCAGCAUGUGGAGAAGGAGAAGGCGGCCUUGGUGGAUAAGAAAGACAAAGCUCUGGCUUACAUCCGCGAGGAGAACGAAUUGGCACAGAAACAAUCGGCCCUCUAUCAGAUCUAUAUUGAUGAGUGCGCCGAUAAUGUUCGUGUUACUGAAGAGGCCAUCCUCCAAAUGCAGGAGCUUCUGAACAUGGAACUCGAGAAACACGAGGGAAAUGAAUCCGGCAUCAAAGAGCUCGAAAAAGCCUACAAAAAGGGGGUUCGUCAUUACGAGUCGAUAGAGAAGGAGACUCAAAGCUUGCUUAAGGAGAUGGCCAAGUACGACAAGGAGUCUGUUAAAUUUGAGGAGAAGAAGAAAUUCUUACUCGGCAAACAAAAGAAGCUAGAGAAAGCCAUGCAGACCAGCCGUCUUGCUGCUUCUGAAUGCCAGAGCUUGAAGGAGAUGGUGUCAGAAGAGAAGGAACUGAACUCAAUUCGUGAAGGGCUCAAAGGGAAGACGCAAGGCCUAUCUGAUCAGAUUGCCGAGAAGCAGAAGUCACUAGAGCCAUGGAAUGCGAAAAUCAACGAGAAACAGUCCGCAGUCGCAGUUGCUCAGAGUGAGCUGGAUAUCUUGCGCGAGCGUGGUAAUGCUGGUGCGGUCCUCCUCGAAGAGGCACAGGGCAAAAUUGUUACAAUCGAAGAAAGUCUGCAAGCCAAGCAAAACGAUCUCGAGGAGCGACAAGCCCAGAAAGAGACCUUGGAGUCUGAAGUGGAGAAGCUCAAACAUGACUUGAAGAAAUACGCGGGCCGUGAGCCCGAGGUUCGUUCGCAUGUCUCAAGUGCCCGCCAGAAAGCAGAGGAGGCACGCGUUAGUCUUGCAAGCACACAAAACCGCGGAAGUGUCUUGACUGGUUUGAUGCGUCUCAAGGAGUCUGGCCGUAUCGAUGGUUUCCAUGGCCGACUAGGUAACCUGGGAACAAUUGACGAGAAGUAUGAUGUCGCCAUUUCUACAGCUUGUCCUGCUCUCGACAACAUGGUGGUGGAAACUGUCGAAGUUGGCCAACAAUGCAUCGACUAUUUGCGCAAGAACAACCUUGGACGAGCGAACUUCAUUCUUCUUGACCGCCUCCCCCGUCGUGAUAUGUCCACGAUCUACACACCUGAAAGCGUUCCUCGUCUCUUUGAUCUCGUCAAGCCGAAGGACCCCAUGUUUGCCCCAGCUUUCUACAGCGUGAUGCAAAACACGUUGGUUGCGAAGGACCUGGAGCAAGCGAAUCGGAUUGCCUACGGUGCUCGUCGUUGGCGAGUGGUGACGGAAGACGGUCAGUUAAUUGAUGUGUCAGGAACAAUGAGUGGUGGUGGCACCCGUGUCGCCCGAGGCGGUAUGUCUUCAAAGCAAGUCGCAGACACCACAAAGGAGCAGGUGUCUCGCUUGGAGUCAGAUCUCGAAGAACUGGAAAGGAAAUUCCAGGCUUUCCAGGAGAAACAGCGUCACGUGGAAGCUCAGAUGAAGGAAAGAUCAGAGGAAAUCCCACGCUUGGAGACUAAGAUCCAAAAGAUUUUGAUCGAGAUCGACAGCACCAAGCGCAGUCUUGCUGAUGCCCAGCGACGCAGCGGUAUCGAGGAAGAGAUCCAGAAUUUGCAGAGCACGAUUAUGGAGGUCGGUGGUGUUCGCCUUCGCGGCCAAAAGGCGAAGGUGGAUGGCUUGAAAGAGCAGAUUGGUAUGCUUGCCGAGGAGAUUUCAAACGCGGAGGGGCAGCAGUCCAAGAACGAAAAACUCAUCAAGAAGCACACCAAAGCCCGUGAUGUUUCAGAGAAGGAGAUUGCUCAGAUUACCGACGAGUUGGAGAAACUAGAAGAAGAUGUUGCCAACCAGACCAAUGAAUCUGCCGACUGGAGACAGAAGGCUGAUGAAGCCCAGGAGGCUUUGGAAUCUAAGAAGGGCGAGCUGAAGGCCAUGAAAGACGAGCUUGACGCGAAGGUGGCUGAGCUCAAUGAGACGCGAGCUGCUGAGAUCGAGAUGCGCAAUAAACUGGAAGAGAAUCAGAAGGCCUUGGCCGAGAACCAAAAGCGCAGUCGUUACUGGGAGGAGAAGCUUUCAAAGCUGACCGUCCAGAACAUCAGCGAUAUCGGUGAAGAGCAGGAGCCUACAGAGCUUCAGAUGUACACCAAGGAUGAGCUAGAGGCUAUGAAUAAAGAUUCUCUGAAAGCUGUUAUUGCUGCUUUGGAGGAGAAGGUUCAAAAUGCCUCUAUCGAUUUGUCAGUCAUUGAGGAGUACCGUCGUCGAGCUGCCGAGCACGAAUCGCGCUCCGCGGAUCUGACCACCGCUUUGACAGCACGAGACGGCGCCAAGGCACGCCUGGACGGCCUUCGAUCCUCUCGCUUGAAUGGGUUCAUGGAAGGAUUUGGUAUUAUCUCGUUGCGUCUCAAAGAAAUGUACCAGAUGAUCACCAUGGGCGGUAACGCUGAGCUGGAGCUUGUUGACUCGUUGGACCCCUUCUCGGAAGGAAUCUUGUUCUCGGUCAUGCCUCCUAAGAAGAGCUGGAAGAACAUUGGUAACUUGUCUGGUGGCGAGAAGACUCUGUCCAGUUUGGCGCUGGUCUUCGCUCUUCACCACUACAAGCCUACUCCGCUCUAUGUCAUGGACGAGAUUGAUGCCGCCCUGGAUUUCCGAAACGUUUCCAUUGUCGCCUCGUACAUCAAGGAGCGAACAAAGAAUGCCCAAUUCAUUGUCAUUUCAUUGAGAAACAAUAUGUUCGAGCUUGCUGCCCGACUUGUGGGUGUCUAUAAGGUUAACCACAUGACCAAGAGUGUAACGAUCGAGAACCGAGAUUAUAUUACGGGUCGAUAA